GGCUUAGUAGAGACAGAGAGAAGGAGAGAGGUCACGGGCUGCUUUUAACCGAGCCUAGUGUGAGGCGCCUUCUGUACACUCGCGGACAUAAUGGCCGCGUUCAGUAGAACCAGAAGAAGGUUUGUUCGCGUCGCAUGCUCCAAUAUACACCAGGGAGCAUUUGGAUCACGGAUAAGAUGGUGGUUGGAGCAGAUGAGUUCAUGUGCACCAAUGCUCAGUGACACGAACGGAUUGGAGCAGUUUCUCCUCUUUUAAGAUGCAUGCAAACAUGCAAAUUAAACUCGCAGCAUGGAUCCAUUGGAAGAUUUUCUCAUUGGCUUUAAUAUAUUAAUUAUGAAUGAAAUUAAUGAAAAUCUUUUACCUUUAGCUGUAAUCCGUGAUUUAUUUGUGGAAGACAAUGGGAACGACGAUGAAAUAGAGAUUAUUGAAAUGGCUGAAGGUAUCAUUCAAAGAAGACGUAGAACAUGCAUAACUAAUUAUAUUGAACAAAUAGUGCCAAUGUAUACCGAUGAAGAAUUUAUUAUGCAUUAUUGUUUAAAAAGAAUGCUUUUCAGAAGCAUGGUGGACAGAUUUAGUUAUUGGGCACAUUUUAGAAAUCUGGGAGGACAUGGAGGAUUUGAAGUAGUUUCGGCUGAAAAACACAUUCUUACUUUUCUAUAGUUUGCUGGGCAUCAAAGUACAAGUUUCAGGGAUGUUGCUGAUAGAUUUAAUUUGUCUCUUAGUGCCUUUGAAUCAGUGUUACAAAGAGUCACACAGUUUUUAUAUGAUUUAAGAAAUGAAUUUAUUCGGUAUGAA